CCAUUGAGGAUUUAAUCUUUUUAUUAUCUGUAGCUUUCCUUGUAAAUGCUUGAUCUUAAUGAUAAACUAUUUAUUUAAAAAGCAGUAGAAAAGUUUGAAGGUAUAUUAACUGUGUGUGAUCCAAUUAAGCCCAUGCAGAAUGUUUUAGAGUAAUGAAUGAUUCAUUCUUGUAUGCACGAGUUACUUUGGACCUGAUCGUGUUUUAUUAAGAUAAAAAUUAGAUUCUAUCAAAUUAAGCCUUAUCAGUAGAAAUGACUUGACACUGACAUUGUCCCAUUGUAUUUAAGUUGGAAAUAAUUUGAAAUGUGGAGUUUAGUUGUGUACAGUAUGAGACCUGGCCUACAGAAGCUUUGAUGCUGUUUUUAAGUAAAGCAUUGGACAGGCACGCACACAACAGAAGCUUGACUGCUGGUGGCAAUCUUUGCUCAAAAUUCUCACAACAAAUAAACAUAUUCCCUUGAGUUCCUAUUGAUUCAGUAGAAGUCUCCAUACGAUUAUAAAGCUGUUUGCAGGUAUACACUUGCUAAUUCUGUUGACUGCUCAUAUCUACCACCAUUGUAUUUUUUAAAGAUUUUGAGCAGUUUGAAUGUAACCCACCAUCUUCACACUAGCUGGACCUCUCUCUGCCUGUCAUGACCUGUUCACGGGCCGAGAAAGUGUCUUGCAAACCUUUUUUACAGUUUUUAUAAAGGACUCAUCACCAGCAAUUAGGAUCUCCUUACAUUAAACAUCUACAUAUAGUAUAUCAGUGGUAUUAGGCUAUGUGUAUUUGGACACCUCUUGUUUGUUUCAAGCUCUUGUCAUCAUGUGGCAUAAUAUAAUGCACAAUGACUGUCUUCAUCAGUUCAAAUAGGCUACGUAAUGUAUAGAUUAUUUGGGGAGAAAGGUAAUUAAGAUAAAUGCAGAUAGAAUGAACUGUGUAUUCUAAGUUUUAAAAUAGGCACGAUUGACAUAUUUGCGAAUUCCUUGGCACCCCAGUCUCCUGCAAUGCCACCAGAUCUUUAUUUUAUUUUAUUAUUUUUGAUUUUCUUUAAAAUCUUAGGAUUGUAUGAUGUGUAAAAGUAACAAUAAAAUCACAAAGUUUAUUUUAAAUUACACUUGUCUCUGUCUUUUCCCCCCACACACGUUUGUGCAAUGAAAACAUCAUAGCCUACAACAAAGCGGUGUCAAAGCUGCACUGACAAUUUUUUCUAAAAUGGAUCAGUUAAUGUCUACUGUGUGUGUUAUCGUGUAAUAUGUGUAUGACUCUUUCCUGAAAUUAAAAAUUAUUACUUUUCAAGAUUGUUUACAAAUUAGUAGGCCUACUAGAGAUCCAGCAACUCAAGCAUCUCAGCGGUUGUUAUGUGAGCCUAUCCAUUUUGACAAGAAGUUAUCCACAGUGAGGGAAUUAUGAAUCAUAUCCUUAAACAUUUCUUGAGCCUGAAAAGUAUUUGCGUGGGUUUUGUUGUCACAUUUGACUUCAUUGUUGCCUACACUGAUAACGCUUUGCCGUAAGUGUCCAAUGGGAGGCCAGUACGUCACAUCCUGUCAGCUGUCGCUUCCGGGUGCGGUGAAGCUGCGGAGUGUCAGCUCAGAGCACUUGGAUCACUUUUAAAACGGUAGCACGAAGAUCGCGGAGACAACAUUUGUAAAGUUAAAGAAGCGGAGCAUAUUCGCUGCGAUCAUGAUCCCACGGGUGGACAACAUGGAUCGUAACCAGUCUCAAGGUCGAUAACAAACCACAGGUUGGAAUUAAUUCUACGCCGAGCUCAGUGGGAUCCAUUGCAGUCUACUUUUCCUGCUUUUGCCGAGAAAGCACUUAAGUUACAGUGUCCUGAGUGGAUGAGGAAACCCGCUAGAAGCUGAGGACUUCUUCCUUGUUUUUGUCAUAGUUUUCCUUUAACUCUUGUCAGAUCAACAGUGAAGGAUGAAUGGCCUCUCUCUCAGUGAGCUCUGUUGCCUCUUCUGCUGCCCCCCAUGCCCCAGUCAGAUUGCCUCAAAGCUGGCCUUCCUGCCCCCGGAGCCCACGUACACAUUUCUACCAGACCUGGACAGUGGAUCUACGGCUCCAGGGACCGUAGGACACAGGGCGACUGCAGUGACUGAAGAGAGAUGGAAGCUCCACCUUACAGACAGAGCAGAGUUUCAGUAUUCACAAAGAGAGCUGGACAUGACAGAAGUGUUUUUAACCCGAUCCAGCAGAGGCAACAAAGUCGCCUGCAUGUACAUUCGCUGCGCUCCCAAUGCCAGAUUCACCGUGCUAUUCUCUCAUGGUAAUGCGGUUGAUUUGGGUCAGAUGAGCACUUUCUAUAUCGGACUGGGAACUCGUAUAAACUGCAACAUCUUCUCUUAUGACUACUCUGGUUACGGCGUCAGCACUGGCAAGCCCUCAGAGAAGAACCUGUACGCAGACAUUGAUGCUGCCUGGCAUGCACUCAGGACAAGGUAUGGGAUCAGUCCAGAGAACAUAAUCCUGUAUGGACAGAGCAUUGGUACAGUCCCCACAGUAGACCUGUCCUCUAGAUACGAGUGUGCUGCUGUGGUCCUGCACUCUCCUCUCACUUCAGGGAUGAGGGUUGCUUUUCCUGAUACCAAGAAAACAUACUGCUUUGAUCCUUUCCCGAGCAUUGAGAAGGUUUCUAAAAUCACCUCUCCGGUGCUGAUCAUCCAUGGUACAGAAGACGAGGUGAUAGACUUCACCCAUGGGCUGGCCUUAUUUGAGCGCUGUCCCAAAGCAGUCGAGCCACUGUGGGUGGAGGGGGCAGGGCACAAUGACAUUGAGCUGUACAGCCAGUAUUUGGAGCGAUUGCGGAGGUUUAUUGGACAGGAAGUGGCGGCACAACACACCUGAUGCCACACACCAGCAUUAUAGUAAAUGUUGUGUACAAGGACAUUUCAAGACUAUUAAUGACAGGAAAUUGUUUAGUGAAGUUAGAAUGUGUCCAGUAAGAAGAGUUUAUUGUGCUGCAAAAUGAACUAUUUUCUCAUUGUGCAAGUAGAUGGACGCACACUAUGGGGUUUAUAUCCUUUUAUUAAAGGGAAUUGCACAAUUGAAAAGAAAUCGUGGACACUUGGAAGUGCAAUGGAAAGCUUUAGUAAGCUUCUUUAUGUCUGUGCAACCAGUUAUUGAAUUUAUAUGGAACACAAUAGAUUAUUUAUCUCUUAACAUUCACACAUUUAUACAGUUAAAUUUUAAAAGGUUGUAAUGGGUUGGGCCUCAAAAUAUUUGACAGAUUAUUAUAAUAGAUCAUUACAUGUCUAUUUUGUCAAACUAAACUUUCUCAGGUACCUCUAAGAUAUUGUACUCAGCUUUAAAUGUUCAGUGUGCUUUGGUAAAUGUUUUAAUAAUUUCCCUCUCAUCCUGUUAUGUUUUAUCCACAUAAUUAAGUAUUUAAACCACUUGCAGGAUCCAUGCAGCAGUUGUUUUAUAUCUUUUGAAUAGAUCAUCUAGAGAUUAUCGUCUUGCAGAAAAUUUUCAAGUUGCUUUUUGUUGUUAAGCUAAUGUAUUUGAAAGAAGCACGUAUGUUUCUCUUUACAUUGCUUUGAAUUGUACAUUUUAGUUACUUUGCAUUGUGUAAGCAUUAUACAUUACAGAUAAAACUGAAUUUCUUUCCUUUUUAUAUCUGUCACCAUGGCAACACAUAAGUGACUGCAUGGUGAUGGCUUGUGUGCUUUCUCCUUAUCAAAUAUUUAUUUAAUUUUCUUUAGUUUAUUUCCUUUAGUAAGAUCCAUUUCAUUUUUUUCUGCAACGCAACUAUUACAGAAAGUGCACAAGUUAAAAGAUAAACCCCAUAAAAUUACAAUGUUGUGGUGUUGCUUCAUCUUACAGCAGUCAAAUCUUCAGGGCGAGUAACAAGUCUUAAGACGCGUCAUGAAUGUCAGAGCAGUAACUUUGAAGUCUCUGUUGUUUACUUGUAUUAACCAAAGUGAAAUAGGGCCUUAGUCUGUAACUCACAUCUUCAUUCAUUAUAAGCUACAAAGGCUACAUUGUUUGUAGGCUGUGACCAUGUUACUUGGUUUUGAUUUGCUUUGCUUUGUUAAAGACUUUAACAAAAACUAAGACCAUUUUACAUCAUUUUACUAGUAGAAAACACUACAAAAGAGUGGUUUACUGUCUCUCCUUCAAACUUUUAAAGGCAGGUAUGUGUAUCAAUUCUUAUACAUUUGUACAUGAUCGUUUUUAAGUCAUGAAUUUUACUGAACAGACAAUAAAUAGUUAUUAAAACUGAA